GAACAGCCGUGUGGGACGGCAUUGAGAGCAACUGGGAGUGGUGCCUAUAGUGAUACAUCGACGGAGGAAGGCUGAGUCGGUGGUGUCGGUCAGAACGUGUCUCUUGUUUGGUGGCUUUUCCGCAUCCAUUUCUUUCGACCCCUCUCCUCUUUGCCGCCCAUACCUUCGGAAUUGCGCAAAAUGAAGCACUUGCUCGCCAUCUUCUUUGUCGUUGAUCUGGUGUCUUUUGCUUUUGCAAUCCAGUGUUAUAAGUGCAAUACCAGAGAUGAUGAGUACUGUGAAGACCCAUUUAAUCAUAAAAAUGCAGAGGGACACCUCUCACCAUGCACUGAAAAAGACUUCACUGACAAGACUGGACUACCCCCUUCCAAGAAUAUUACUUUUGCAUGUAGGAAGAUCUGGCAAGAGGUGAGAGGAGACAUCGCCGUCUUCCGAAGCUGCGGCUGGGAAAAAUACUACAUCAAAGAAAGAAUAUGCUACAAAACGGCCACUGAAGAUAUCCACACAACUGUGUGUUCAUGUGAACAUGAUGGCUGCAACAUAGCUACUACAUUGGGUUCUGCCCUGGUCCUGGUCAUAGCAUCACUUGCUGGUGCAUUCCUAGCCCUCUGAACCGUUCCAGUUAGUCUCAGGAAGGUCUUAGCCAAUAUCAAUUGUGUGCAAUACCCUCACUAGUGAAUCUCACUGCUGUGUUCUGCUGUAAGAACCCUGUCUACACUUGCAUUUCUCAUCCUGCUUUUGGAAUCUGUGAUCCCUAGAAGGAAAACCUUCAAGCUAUUUACAUGCACAAUGACCUGGUAUUCCUUCACAGAUAUUUCUACUGUAGCCCCUUCUGGGUGAGACAGCUCUCAGUGAUAGCUGUGGCUUUUACCUUUACUUUCUCUGACAUAGAUCUCACCCACAUCCAACCCAUCCAAGCUUCUAGACCUAGAUGGAGCUUUUUAGAUAUGCUUAGAUUUUUGUGAUUAGGCUAGUUUAUUUUUCAGGGGAAAUCUUACCCCUCACUGCUCAUUGACUUGGUAUUACUGAAAAUCAGAGUUAUGUAAUGUUAAAAAUCCCUGUGCCAAAGGCCCAGAAAAUGGCCAGGCCAUGCGGUUGGCAUGUUCCUUCCGCCCUCUCCCCUUCCCCUUUCAUGAACGUGAUGCGAAGGUUCUUCAUAUCUGGAUUUUAGACUUUCUACAAGACAUGUGCAAUCAUGCUUCCAUGGUGCCUUCCCCUAUUGACCCCCAUGAAGUCUGCUGUAAUAAUAAAAGGUGCUGCAUCAAGGC